AGCUUUUCUCAGAUCUACCCACCACCCUCCUAUAAAUUUACCCAAACAUCUUCUCCCCAACCUCGCACAUCUCCUCUCUCUCUCUCUCUCUCUCUCUGAGAACCAGUCCCAGACCUCCCCUGUUCUUCUACCCUAUCCUAAAGAACAAUGGCUUCUCACAUUGUUGGAUAUCCUCGUAUGGGCCCAAAGAGAGAGCUCAAGUUUGCUUUGGAGUCUUUCUGGGAUGGGAAAAGCACCGCUGAUGAUUUGCAAAAGGUGGCGGCUGAUCUUAGGUCGUCCAUCUGGAAACAGAUGGCUGAUGCUGGCAUCAAGUAUAUUCCCAGCAACACAUUCUCUUACUAUGAUCAGGUGCUUGAUACAACUGCAAUGCUCGGGGCUGUUCCCCCUAGAUAUGGUUGGACCGGUGGUGAGAUUGGAUUUGACACUUACUUCUCCAUGGCUAGAGGAAAUGCCUCUCUACCUGCUAUGGAAAUGACCAAGUGGUUUGACACCAACUAUCAUUUUAUUGUCCCCGAAUUGGGACCUGAUGUGAAGUUUUCAUAUGCUUCUCACAAGGCUGUAAACGAAUACAAGGAGGCUAAGGCGCUUGGAGUGGAUACUGUUCCAGUUCUUGUUGGCCCUAUCUCCUACUUAUUGUUAUCUAAACCUGCAAAGGGUGUUGCAAAAUCGUUCUCUCUUCUCACCCUUUUAGAAAAAAUCCUUCCAAUCUACAAGGAAGUUGUGUCCGAGUUAAAGGCAGCUGGUGCAUCAUGGAUUCAAUUUGAUGAGCCUACCCUCGUGAAGGAUCUUGAGUCUCACCAAUUGCAAGCAUUUACUAAUGCCUACUCUGAGCUAGAAUCAUCUCUAUCUGGCCUGAAUGUUCUCAUUGAGACAUACUUUGCUGAUGUUCCUGCUGAGGCAUACAAAACGCUGACUGCUCUGAAGGGUGUCACUGGGUUUGGUUUUGAUUUUAUUCGUGGAUCAAAGACUCUUGAUUUGAUCAAGGGUGGAUUCCCUUCAGGCAAAUAUCUCUUUGCUGGUGUUGUUGAUGGAAGAAACAUCUGGGCAAAUGAUCUUGCUGCAUCCAUCAGCACUCUAGAGUCUCUUGAGGGCAUUGUGGGAAAAGACAAGCUUGUGGUCUCCACGUCGUGCUCGCUUCUCCACACUGCCGUAGAUCUAGUUAAUGAGACUAAGCUGGACAACGAACUGAAAUCAUGGCUUGCAUUUGCUGCUCAAAAAGUUGUUGAAGUGAAUGCCCUUGCAAAAACAUUGGCUGGUCACAAAGAUGAGGCAUUCUUCUCUGCUAAUGCCGCAGCUCAGGCUUCAAGAAAAUCCUCUCCAAGGGUGACCAAUGAGGCUGUUCAAAAGGCUGCUGCUGCUUUGAAGAAUUCUGACCACCGUCGUGCUACAAAUGUUAGCGCCAGACUGGAUGCUCAGCAGAAAAAGCUUAACCUUCCAAUCUUGCCAACCACCACCAUUGGAUCUUUCCCUCAAACAAUAGAACUCAGAAGAGUUCGCCGUGAAUUCAAGGCUAAAAAGAUAUCUGAGGAAGAUUACGUCAAGGCCAUAGAGGAGGAAAUCAACAAAGUUGUCAAGCUCCAGGAGGAGCUUGAUAUUGAUGUCCUGGUUCAUGGAGAGCCUGAGAGGAAUGAUAUGGUUGAGUACUUCGGCGAGCAGUUGUCUGGUUUUGCCUUCACUGUCAAUGGAUGGGUUCAAUCUUAUGGAUCUCGUUGUGUGAAGCCACCUAUCAUCUAUGGUGAUGUGAGCCGUCCGAAGCCAAUGACUGUCUUCUGGUCUUCUAUGGCUCAGAGCAUGACUGCCCGCCCUAUGAAGGGAAUGCUUACUGGUCCCGUGACAAUUCUUAACUGGUCCUUUGUCCGCAAUGACCAACCCAGAUUCGAAACUUGCUACCAGAUUGCAUUGGCCAUCAAGGAUGAAGUGGAGGAUCUUGAGAAAGCUGGCAUUAAUGUCAUCCAAAUCGAUGAGGCUGCUUUGAGAGAAGGCUUGCCUCUUAGAAAGUCAGAGGAAGCUUUCUACCUGGACUGGGCUGUCCACUCCUUCAGGAUCACCAACUGCGGUGUCAAAGACACCACCCAGAUCCACACCCACAUGUGCUACUCCAACUUCAACGACAUUAUCCACUCAAUCAUUGACAUGGAUGCUGAUGUAAUCACUAUUGAGAACUCACGUUCUGAUGAGAAGCUCCUCUCAGUCUUCCGUGAGGGAGUGAAGUACGGUGCAGGCAUUGGUCCUGGUGUCUACGACAUACAUUCCCCCAGAAUACCUUCAACAGAGGAGAUUGCUGACAGAAUCAACAAGAUGCUUGCAGUGCUCGAAACCAACAUCUUGUGGGUUAACCCUGACUGUGGGCUAAAGACUCGCAAAUACACUGAAGUGAAGCCAGCCCUUCAAAACAUGGUUGCUGCUGCCAAGCUCCUCCGCACCCAGCUUGCCAGUGCCAGGUGAUCGAUUUUAGAGACGAAAACCGGGAAUUCAGAUUCACAGAAUCGAUUAUUUCCCAUUAAAACUGCAUAAAAGGAAAAUCCUCUAUAUUGAUUUAAUAAUUGCAUUCCAUGAUGAAAUUUGCAGUAGUUUUAGUCUGCCCCAUGGGCAUUUUGUUUUCUCUCUCAUUGUUUUCUGGUUUUUUUUUUUUUUGGAAAUUUGUUUUCUGGAUUUUUAUUUUACACAUAUUGUGUGUUCUAGGGCUUUUUGCCCUCAAUUUGUGCAAAAGGCACCAAAUUGAUUACUGUACCUCUAUGGAUGGAAAAUUGAAGAAACUGUGUACUGA